AACAUAUUUACUGACUGCCAUUCGAUAAUAGUUUACUGCACGCGUCGGGAUGAGUGUGAACGCGUAUCUUCAUACCUUCGCACAUGUAUGCAGGAUCAAUAUAAAGAGAAAGAUGCUUCAGCCAAUGGCAAGCGAAAGCGUAAGCGAGUAAAUUGGGCUGCGGAGCCUUAUCAUGCUGGUAUGCCGUCUUCACGGCGUCGCACAAUACAAAACGCCUUUAUGAGCAAUGAUCUACGCAUUGUAGUGGCAACCAUAGCUUUCGGUAUGGGUAUCAAUAAACCAGAUUUACGUGCCGUUAUUCAUUACAAUAUGCCCCGCAAUUACGAAAGUUAUGUGCAAGAAAUUGGUCGUGCCGGUCGAGAUGGCAAGCCAGCACAUUGCCAUCUCUUUUUAGAUGCGCGUGGAGGGGACAAAUGUGAACUACGUCGACACAUCUAUUCGAACUCAAUCGAUCGACAUGUGAUACGCAAACUGUUGCAGCACGUUUUUGUGCCUUGUGCCUGUGCCAAGAAGGGGCAGUCGGAAGAGCAAUAUCAGAGAACCCAAGCUGCCAAAAAUGAAUUGGUGAUUAAUGCAGAAUCGCAAGUGAAUAAUCGAUUUUGUCCCGGCCAUGAAAUCGGAUUAUCGGUCGAACGGACCGUUGAAGAAUUGGACAUACCAGAGGAGAAUAUUUCUACAUUGCUGUGCUAUUUGGAGCUGGAUUCUCGCUGGAAUAUUAGUGUGCUUAGCAACGCCUAUACCAUGGCCAAGGUCAUAUCAUACGGAGGUGCCAAGUAUUUAAAACAUGCUGCCAAGGAAUGUGCCCCAUUAGCUAUGGCUAUUGCGCUUGAAAUAAAACAAAACAAAUUUAAGGACGAUUCAAAUUUAAUAGAGUUCUCCGUGGUUGAUGUUGCUGCUGCGAUUGGCUGGAAUAGUGGUGUGGUUAAAUAUCAACUUAAAAAUUUAGAGUGGACCCAAGUCGAUGGAUAUCCACGCCGCUCACCCAUCAACGUGAACUUUUAUGAUAUCGGCUUUCGUCUAAAAGCCCCAGGAGAUUUUAUACCUGAGGAAAUAGAUAAUGCACUUGACACCCUAUAUAAUCGCACCGUCGAGCAAGAAAGAACACAACUUAUACAGCUGCAGUAUGUUUUUCAGGGUCUUUCAUCGGUCGCCUACAAUACUUAUAUACCAUGCACUAGUACGAAUUAUGCCCCGGAUCGCUCAAAUCAACUUAAAGGAAUUAUACGCGAUUAUUUCGAAAAUGACUAUCCGAAAGAACUUAAGUUGGAAGCUGAUGCUUCCGACUUAUCCGAUGCAGAUAUUGAAAACGAUGUACUUUCGCUCAUCAACAUGUAUCCCGAUAAUAACUUCAGUGGUCGUAACAUUGCUCGCAUCUUCCAUGGAAUUUCCAGUCCUAACUAUCCUGCUGUUAUUUGGGGCCGUUGCAAGUAUUGGAGAGCUCAUUCAAAUGUUGAUUUUAAUAGAAUUCUUAAACUAGCAAACACGCUUAUUGUACGGCUUCGCAUGUAAUUUUAACCAAUAUUUAAUUUGACGUCUUUGACUUAACAACGUCUACGUAGUUUGCUAUACAUAUUUAUAUUCAUAGUCAACUAAACUUUUAACUGAUAUUUGUUUGAAUAAAAAAAAAAAUAAUGGCAUAGUUGUGAUUACGAGAACAAAUCUAUGUAUGUAUAUUUUAGUCAAAUAAAAGACUGGAAAUUCUAAAAGAAGGCGUCACUUAAAUUUUAUAAAGGACUUUGGGUCGAAGCCGAGCUUCUCCUUCAAUUUUGUUGC